GUACACGAUGAGAUUGAGAUAAAGGAAGGAUCGAGGAAAAUUCGGAGAUCUCUUUAAAGCGAAAGCGGUGGGAUUGAAGAGGUGACCGUUCGGUAAAAUACCGCGAGUUAAGUAAGUUGGUAACGUAUGGCGAUUGGUGGGAUAUCGCGUAGCCGAGGCCGAUUGUGGUUUAGCCGAAGGUAGUUUUUCCACCUCUUUCAGUUGGCUUCCACCUGGCACACCCGAUUCGAACCGAAGCUCCCCGAGUGGACGCGUUAACGUGCCGGUCACCACCGUCGUGGCCUAUUCUCUUAAACAAUUACCGUUGCUUUUUGCCGUCCCAUUUUACAGCGCGAUACGCGAUCCUCUCGUCUUUUUCAUGCUCGUCGCUUUUUCUCUUCAAACGCUAAGCUUUGACGAGCUUCUCUAGUCACGUCCGGACAUGGGAAGCGCGCUCCACGUCUUGCUCCAAGUGCAGUGCAGUGCCUCUUAAUGGAGUGUGCCGACAUCGUGUAGUCGCAUUCGUCGUGUUUCUCGUUACUCGCACAAGGCGGAGUGCCGACAACGACGACUUGAGAGAUGGUCAUCGUCACGCGGGGAGAUUACAUAUGGAUCGAACCAAUCUCAGGGAGAGAAUUUGACGUUGCGAUCGGAGCACGAGUAAUAUCCGCGGAAGGCAGACGCAUUCAAGUGAAAGACGACGAUAACAAGGAACAAUGGCUGACACCGGAGAGACGAAUAAAGGCAAUGCAUGCCACUUCUGUGCAAGGUGUAGAAGAUAUGAUCAGCUUAGGAGACCUCCAUGAAGCUGGCAUAUUGAGGAAUCUGUUGAUUCGUUACAACGAGAAUCUCAUAUACACCUACACGGGUUCCAUUCUAGUCGCCGUGAAUCCGUAUCAGAUACUGCCCAUUUAUACCGCGGAACAAAUCAAACUGUACAAGGAUCGUAAAAUCGGCGAACUACCGCCGCACAUAUUCGCCAUAGGAGACAAUAGUUACGCGCAUAUGAAUCGAUACGGUCAGGAUCAGUGCAUAGUGAUCAGCGGCGAGAGCGGGGCCGGAAAAACGGAAAGCACGAAACUGAUUUUGCAAUAUCUGGCAGCGAUCAGCGGCAAGCAUUCUUGGAUCGAGCAGCAAAUUUUGGAAGCGAAUCCGAUCUUGGAAGCGUUCGGUAAUGCGAAAACGGUACGGAACGACAAUUCGUCCCGUUUUGGAAAAUACAUCGACAUACACUUCAACGAGCAAGGGGUGAUAGAGGGGGCGAAAAUCGAGCAGUAUCUCUUGGAAAAGUCACGCAUAGUCUCGCAAAGUUUGGACGAGAGGAAUUAUCAUAUAUUUUACUGCAUGCUCGCCGGUCUUUCGAAAGAGGAGAAGCAGAAACUGGAACUGGAGGAUGCCUCUUCGUACAAGUACUUAACGGGGGGUGGUAGUAUCACGUGCGAGGGUCGGGACGACGCUGCUGAAUUUGCCGACAUCAGAUCAGCGAUGAAAGUGUUGUUGUUCUCCGACAUGGAAAUAUGGGAGAUACUCAAGCUGCUCGCUGCCCUGUUGCACACGGGAAACGUGAAAUACAGAGCGAUCGUCGUAGAUAAUCUAGACGCUACCGAAAUACCGGAACAAACGAACGUGCAGAGGGUGGCGCAUUUACUGGGCGUGCCUGUACAAUCUUUGAUCGACGCUCUUACACGCAAAACGAUAUUCGCUCACGGUGAGACUGUUGUGUCCACGUUAUCCAGGGAUCAAUCGGUGGACAUCAGAGACGCGUUCGUCAAGGGAAUAUACGGACGAUUGUUCGUCCAUAUCGUGAAGAAGAUCAACGAAGCGAUUUACAGGCCGAAGAACACGUCUCGAAGCGCCAUUGGGGUACUGGAUAUAUUCGGCUUUGAAAAUUUCAGCCACAACAGCUUCGAGCAAUUCUGCAUCAACUAUGCCAACGAAAAUCUGCAACAAUUUUUCGUGCAACACAUUUUCAAGCUCGAGCAAGAGGAGUACAAUCACGAGGGUAUCAACUGGCAGCACAUCGAGUUCGUCGACAAUCAGGACGCGCUCGAUUUGAUAGCUAUCAAGCAGUUGAACAUCAUGGCCUUGAUAGACGAAGAGUCAAAGUUCCCGAAGGGUACCGACCAGACGAUGCUAGCCAAGAUACACAAAACGCACGGAAGCCAUCGGAAUUACUUGAAACCGAAAUCGGACAUCAACACGUCGUUCGGUCUUAAUCACUUCGCCGGCGUUGUGUUCUACGACACCAGGAGCUUCCUCGAGAAGAACAGAGAUACGUUUAGCGCCGAUCUGUUGCAACUGAUUCACAUAUCCUCGAAUAAGUUUCUGCAGGCUUGUUUCACCGAGGAUAUCGGCAUGGGAUCGGAGACGAGGAAAAGAGCACCGACUCUCUCCACUCAGUUCAAAAAGUCCUUGGACUCUCUGAUGAGGACGUUGUGCAGUUGCCAGCCGUUCUUCAUCAGAUGCAUCAAGCCGAACGAGUACAAGAAACCGAUGAUGUUCGACAGGGGUCUUUGCUGCCGACAGUUGAGAUACUCCGGCAUGAUGGAAACGAUUCGAAUUCGCAGAGCCGGUUAUCCGAUCAGGCAUUCCUUCCCGGAGUUCGUCGAGAGAUAUCGGUUUCUAAUUCCCGGUAUACCUCCGGCGCACAAGGUCGACUGCCGCGCAGUCACGUCAAAAAUCUGUCACAUAGUGUUAGGAAGAUCGGACUAUCAACUCGGGCACACGAAGGUGUUCCUCAAAGACGCUCACGACUUGUUCUUGGAGCAGGAACGCGAUCGCGUCUUAACGCGGAAGAUUCUGAUACUUCAACGGAAUAUACGCGGCUGGGUUUACAGGCGGAGAUUCCUUCGCAUGAGGGCAGCCGCGACCGUCAUCGAGAAAUACUGGAGAGGUUACGCGCAACGGCAACGAUACAAACGGAUGCGUAUCGGUUACAUGCGGCUUCAGGCGCUGAUCAGAUCGCGGGUGUUGUCGCACAGAUUCAGGCAUCUCAGGGGACACAUAGUCGCGCUUCAAGCGCGAGCCAGAGGCCAUUUGGUACGGAGGAUGUAUCAAAAGAAGUUGUGGGCGAUCGUGAAGAUACAGGCGCACGUACGAAGAUUGAUCGCGCAGAGGCGUUACAAGAAGAUCAAGUACGAAUAUCGGUUGCACGUCGAGGCGCUGAGACUUCGGAAGAAAGAGGAGAGGGAGCUGAAGGAUCAAGGGAACAAACGGGCGAAGGAGAUCGCCGAGCAGAACUACAGAGAACGAAUGCAAGAAUUGGAAAGGAAAGAGAUAGAGAUGGAGCUGGAGGACCGACGUAGAAUGGAAAUUAAGAAGAACCUGAUAAACGACGCAGCCAAGAAGCAAGACGAGCCGGUCGACGAUAGCAAAUUGGUCGAGGCUAUGUUUGAUUUCCUGCCGGAUUCGAGCAGCGAGGCUCCUACUCCUGCCAGAGAGACCUCCGUAUUCAACGAUCUACCUGCCCCGAAGGCGGACCAACAGGAAAUCAUCAGUCCCGUUCAAACAGCAUCCGAGGACGAGGAGGAUUUGUCAGAGUUCAAGUUCCAAAAGUUCGCGGCAACGUACUUCCAAGGGAACAUAACGCAUCAAUAUUCCAGGAAACCUUUGAAACACCCGUUGUUACCAUUGCACACGCAAGGAGAUCAAUUGGCCGCCCAAGCGUUGUGGAUCACGAUACUUCGUUUCACCGGUGAUCUGCCCGAGCCGAGAUUUCACACGAUGGACAGAGACACCACCUCGGUCAUGUCGAAAGUCACCGCGACGCUCGGCCGUAACUUCAUACGGAGCAAAGAGUUUCAAGAAGCGCAGAUGAUGGGCGUCGACCCGGAGACGUUUCUCAGACAGAAACCACGCUCGAUAAGGCACAAAUUGGUCUCGUUAACGUUGAAACGGAAGAACAAAUUGGGCGAGGACGUUAGGCGAAAGCUGCAAGAGGACGAAUACACGGCGGAUAGUUAUCAGUCGUGGCUGGAGGCAAGACCAACGUCGAAUCUCGAGAAACUUCACUUCAUCAUCGGUCACGGAAUAUUACGCGCGGAAUUGAGGGACGAGAUCUACUGUCAGAUAUGCAAGCAACUGACCAACAAUCCUUCCAAGUCGUCGCACGCACGUGGCUGGAUCCUGCUGUCGUUGUGCGUCGGCUGUUUCGCUCCGUCCGAGAAGUUUGUCAAUUACUUGCGAGCGUUCAUCAGGGAGGGGCCACCGGGAUACGCGCCGUACUGCGAGGAUCGGCUCAAGAGAACGUUCAACAACGGCACGCGGAACCAGCCGCCGAGCUGGUUGGAGCUCCAAGCGACCAAAUCGAAGAAACCGAUUAUGCUGCCGAUCACGUUUAUGGAUGGUAACACUAAAACGCUGCUUGCUGAUUCCGCGACCACGGCCAGGGAACUGUGCAACCAGCUAUCCGAUAAGAUAUCGUUGCGCGACCAGUUCGGCUUUUCCCUCUAUAUCGCGUUGUUCGAUAAAGUCUCGUCGCUUGGUAGCGGCGGCGACCACGUGAUGGAUGCCAUCUCUCAAUGCGAGCAAUACGCCAAGGAGCAAGGUGCUCAAGAGCGGAACGCCCCGUGGCGAUUGUUCUUCAGAAAGGAGAUAUUCGCGCCUUGGCACGAGCCAACCGAGGAUCAAGUCGCUACCAAUUUGAUUUAUCAACAGGUUGUCAGGGGGGUGAAGUUCGGCGAGUAUCGUUGCGACAAGGAGGAAGAUCUAGCGAUGAUCGCCGCCCAACAAUACUACAUCGAGUAUCACACCGACAUGAACGUCGACAGGCUUUACACCCUUUUGCCGAAUUACAUUCCGGAUUACUGUCUGACCGGUAUCGACAAGGCGAUCGACAGAUGGGGACAUCUAGUUUUACAAGCGUAUAAAAAGAGUUACUAUUUAAAGGAGAAAGUACUUGCUUUACGAGUCAAGGAAGAUAUCGUUGGUUACGCGAAGUUCAAAUGGCCAUUGCUUUUCUCUCGCUUCUACGAGGCGUACAGGAAUUCCGGCCCGAACUUGCCGAAAAACGACGUCAUCAUAGCCGUAAAUUGGACCGGAGUGUAUGUUGUAGACGAUCAGGAACAGGUGCUUCUCGAAUUGUCGUUUCCCGAAAUCACCACUGUGUCUAGUCAAAAAACGAACAAAAUGUUCACGCAAACGUUCAACUUAUCAACAGUGCGAGGGGAAGAAUUCACUUUCCAAAGCCCAAACGCCGAAGACAUUCGCGAUCUGGUGGUGUACUUCUUGGAGGGUUUGAAGAAACGUAGCAAAUACGUUAUCGCGUUGCAAGAUUACAAAGCACCGGGCGAAGGCUCGUCAUUCUUGACCUUUCAAAAGGGUGAUCUUAUCAUUCUGGAGGAUGAAAGUACCGGUGAAACCGUCCUUAAUUCAGGAUGGUGUGUCGGCACUUGCGAAAGAACCGGCGAAAAGGGCGAUUUUCCAGCCGAGACGGUUUAUGUCUUGCCCUCGCUAACAAAACCACCGAACGAUAUCCUAUCCUUAUUCAGCAUCGAAGGAACGGAAAAUGGCCGUAAACUAUAUCCGCAGCAAGUAAACGGAAUAGAAUCCCGCGACAAACCUCACACUCUUCUGGAGUAUGCUAUCGAUCACUUUCGAACGCCGCCGAAAAGAACGAUGUCGAAAGCGUUGACCUUGACAACUGCGCGACGCGGCCACACCGACGAGUUAUGGCACCAUUCCAGAGAUCCUAUUAAGCAGCCCCUCUUAAAGAAGUUGAUAUCGAAAGAAGAAUUGGCCGAAGAAGCGUGUUUCGCUUUUAACGCGAUCCUGAAGUAUAUGGGUGACCUGCCAACGAAAAGACCACGUAUCGGUAACGAGUAUACCGAUCUCAUCUUCGACGGGCCGCUGAAAAACGAAAUUCUUCGGGAUGAAAUUUAUUGUCAAAUCAUGAAACAGCUGACUGAUAACCGGAAUAGACUGAGCGAAGAACGUGGUUGGGAGUUGAUGUGGCUUGCCACCGGUCUUUUCACUUGCAGCCAAAGUCUCUUGAAAGAACUGACACUGUUUCUACGUACAAGACGGCAUCCCAUAUCUCAGGACUCUCUACAAAGGCUACAAAAAACUUUACGCAACGGUCAACGAAAAUACCCUCCACAUCAAGUAGAAGUAGAAGCUAUACAGCACAAAACGACGCAAAUAUUUCACAAAGUUUACUUCCCCGACGAUACGGAUGAAGCAUUCGAAGUGGACUCGUCGACUAGAGCUAAAGACUUUUGUCAAAAUAUAGCGCAAAGAUUAAACUUACGUUCUGCGGAAGGAUUCAGUCUCUUCGUGAAGAUUGCCGAUAAGGUUAUCUCAGUUCCGGAAGGAGAUUUCUUCUUUGAUUUUGUACGACAUUUGACGGACUGGAUAAGAAAAGCUCGACCGUCUCGCGAUGGUGUGUCAGCACAGUUUACGUAUCAAGUAUUUUUCAUGAAGAAGUUGUGGACCAACACUGUUCCCGGUAAAGAUAGAAAUGCAGAUCUCAUUUUCCACUUCCACCAGGAGCUUCCUAAAUUGUUAAGAGGCUACCACAAAUGUACUAAGGAAGAAGCCUCCAGAUUAGCAGCGUUAGUGUACAGAGUUCGUUUUGGUGAAAGCAAGCAGGAACUUCAAGCGAUUCCGCAAAUGUUGAGAGAGCUUAUACCUGGUGAUUUGGUAAAGGUACAAAGUUCCAAUGAUUGGAAAAGAUCAAUAAUAGCAGCGUACAACCAAGAUGCUGGUAUGAGUCCAGAAGAUGCCAAAAUAACUUUCUUGAAAAUAGUUUAUCGAUGGCCGACCUUUGGUUCAGCGUUUUUCGAAGUCAAGCAAAGUACAGAACCAAAUUAUCCAGAAUUGUUGUUAAUCGCUAUAAAUAAGCACGGUGUAAGUCUUAUACAUCCACAAACGAAAGAUAUACUAGUGACGCAUCCUUUUACAAGAAUCUCAAACUGGUCGUCAGGUAAUACCUAUUUUCAUAUGACGAUUGGAAAUUUAGUCCGUGGUUCGAAACUGUUGUGCGAAACUUCACUCGGAUACAAAAUGGACGAUCUAUUAACAUCGUAUAUUUCGUUAAUGCUCACAAACAUGAAUAAACAACGUACAAUACGGAUAAAAUAAAUGCGAUGCUGCUAAAUUUGAUUCGCAGAAUUAAACAUUGGAGCAAGAUAGUAUAAGCAAAAUAUAAAAAAAGAAGAAACGCCGGAUAAUUCAAUAAUUAAAAUUACAGAUGAUCGAUAUUGAUUUGACCUACAUAUGUUAUUUAUCAAACUCAGUUUCAUAUAUCUAUAGAAGAUUUAUUUAAAUAGCAAUCGUUCUCGAUAUAACAAUGAUUUCUAUAACUAUAGACACUCGCGAAAAAUACAAUUUUUUUACACAAAGAGUAUUGAUAAGCACAAUAGCAAAUUUCAUAUAGUAACAAAUGUUUUAUACAUGUCUUUUCUUUAUACAUUUUUUUAUUACAUAUACAUAUCUAAUAUAUAUAAAUAUAUAUAUAUAUGUAUAUACAUAUGGAUGUGUAUGUAUAUAUGUAUAUGUGUGUGUGUCUAUAUAUAUAUACAUAUAUAUAAGCUUUGAUAUUCAUUGUCGUUUAAUUAUUGCAACGACUGAAAACAUAAAAGAAAUCAUAGUGCACGUGUACACAAGUAAUUAGUUUAAAAGAAUGUAUAUGACUUAUUUACAAAUAAGAUUUUCAUACAAUUUUGUAAAAUAUUACAUUUAGUUUGUAAGGGAGAGUGAGAGAUUGAAAGUGAGUGAAUGAAAGAAAGAAAGAGAGAGAACUUCACAUUCAAACGUAUUCUUAUGUAAAAGCAGAUAUGCAAAGCAGACAGGAUGAAAUGUGAUUGAAAACAAUUCCGUAUCUGCAAAAAAAUUAUGGAAAAAAUUAAGAACUUACGCUUGAACGUCACUUGAAAUAGUUUUCCAAUAUAAUGAAUCGUAAUGAUUACUCAAUGAUUAUCCGUCCACUGAUACGUGUAAGGAUGUAAUUAUUAUUAACUCGCAAUUUAUUACUGUGAAUAAAGAUAAUCGUAUUCUUCAGGUA